UUGUUUCUCUGAUUAUUAUAUUGUGUCCUCAUAAACCAUAUAUGUCACACAGACACGAAUAUACACAGCAGAGCAGCAUCCACUAAUCCUUCCUUGUUUUCAUCAGAUUUCAUGUUCUUUAUUAUAUAAAUACAUUUUAACAAUUUGCUUCAUAUGUUUUUUACAUUUUACCUAGUGAAAGUGAAGGACAACAAUCUUCUUCCCAUUCUGCUGGAGGAGUUUCCACGGGUGCAGCUCUCUCCUCAUACUUUGUCCCGUAUGUGGAAACAGCAGCUCCGACAGAUUGACCAGCUCAGCUCCACCCAAAACCAGAACAGACAGACACAGUCCAAACUUUUAAAACAAUUAGAAGAAGCUCAGAAAAGACAUGACAUGCUGGUGCAGAUAAUCCACAAAGAAAAGGAACACAACCGUCGCCUGAGAGAGUUCAAGGAGAGGAUCCAACAGCAGAAGUCAGCUCAAAAUAAGCUUAGAGAACAGAGGCAACAGGUUGCUCGUGCUAAAAAAUAUUACAGCGUCUAUCAUAUUCAGCUACAUGCCAAACUGAUGCAAGCAAAGACACAAGAAGAGCGAUUGUGUGUGUUUAUUCAGAAGCUCAAGCAGAUCUUUGAAGAAGGAUUGGAAUUACAGAAAGCUCGUCUGAGAGAACAGAGUGCAUAUACUAAAGAACUGCAUCAGGAGAAUUACCGCAAAUACAAAGAUGAGAUUGAGGCCAUGGAGAACUACUACAGAGACCAGUUUUCUUUAUUGGCCGAAACCUUAGCCCAUGAAAGGCAGGACAUACAAAUUUGUAAGAAAGCACAGGAAAAGGCUCUGCAGAAAAUGAAAAGAGAGUUAAGAAAUAAGAUGGAGAAAGAGAUUGGCGAGCUGCAGAAGGUCAUCAUUCAGAAUGACGAAAAUAAUUAUUUCAGAGACUUGGAUGUGGAACGCUUACAGAAGCGUGUACAAAUGGCAUCUUUCCAGUACACCACCAGCUGUCUGCAGUAAUCACUAGCCAAUUAAGCUGUGAUUGAUAAUUAUCUCCAGUGCAUCUUUUACAUACGUUAACCUUAGGUAGAUUAUCUUGAAAAUAAGUAGAUGAAAUUUUAUGUUUGAACCGCUUGAGAUGUACUUGCAUGGUUCUUUUAAAACAUUAACAUUACUGUAAUAUUGUUUUUAUAAUAUUGCAUUUAAUAUUGUUUGAUAUUAAAUAUUUGUAUCAAUAUUAAUAUUUAAUAUUGUUUCCCAGAAGCUGAUGUUGUAUCAGGUUUCACCAGUUUAUGUUGGAAGGUUUUUAGACUGUAAGCUUGUUCUAUAGGACAGCAUGUGCAAUCACUUUUCCCUUUGAUGAACUUUUUAUUGAGACUUCCAUUUUCCUUUACCUUAUUUCUGAGAAGCCUGUAAUGAUUUCCCACCUCGAAUGUGCUUCGAAAGUUAACUAGUGUCUGGUAACAAUACUAAUCAUGAUUGUAUUUUGGUUUUCACAUCAAACUUAUCAUUGUUCUAUGUUCAAUGUCAUAACACAUAAAUUAAUGGCAUGACUAUUUAUUAAAUCUCCAAUUUUAAGAAUUAGGUGUUUUUAUAAACAAAAUUCGUUAACACUUUGUUUUAAGUUGUCCUUGUUACAUGUUACAUUUACUUACUAUUAUAAUAACAAUUAAUUGUGCAUAAUUAUAUGCAAGUAACCCUGACGAACCCUAAUCCUAACCCUAACCUUAUAAUAAGUACAUGUAGUUGAUUAAUGUUACUCAGUACUUAAAUGCAUAGUUACACUGUAACAAGGGCACCUUAAAAUAAAGUGUAACCCAAAAUUAAUUUACAUAUAAACAAUCAGUUUUUGAUGUAAGGGAAAAUAUUAGGCCAAAAUGGAAAAAUUUAUAAUAAUUUUUGUUAAAUAAAAAGUAUAUUUGGAUGAAGUAACUGAUCUGGGGAUUCUUGACGGAAUGUAUGAUAGACAUCACACCAGCAUUUGUCCAGCAAGAAUUUAAUGUGAAUGUCUGUAGACCAGGGGUCUCCAACCCUGCAUUACUGUUGGUCACUGAUGCUCUGCAGAUUCCGAAAGCUGAUCCCAAAUCAUUAGUUCUCAUUCUGCUGGAUCUAUCUGCUGCCUUUGACAACAUAAAUCAUCAGAUCUUUCUGUCCACCCUCUCAUCACUGGGCAUCACAGGAACUCCACUUAACUGGUUUGAAUCUUAUCUUACAGGCAGGUAUGGGCAGUAUUUCAGAAACAUUUAUUUAAAAUAUGUAUUUGAAAAGCAGAGCUGAACUGGAGCAUCCCCUGAAGCUGUACUUCCAUAGGAAUUAGUUAAAAACGUUCGUGUAGGCUGUAAUUAGUAUGCACACUAUAAUAGAAUGUGUAGUUAUAACCAUCUCUUAGCUCUGUAUCAUGCUUGAAGAAAAUUUUGGUUUCUGUUUUUGCUUUGAUUUGAAUAUUGAGAGAGUAGCCUACUGUGAUCAUGGUUGCACUUAAUAAGACUAAGAAAUAACUGUUCUUUUUUUAAUGAUCAAUUUGUGGAAAAAAGUUCAGAUAGGAGGUCAAGCAUUCUAAAACAGCCUGCAAGGACAAUUCUAUAGGUCUGAAGAGACUCAUGAAAUCAUACAAAAGAGAAGUCAGUCAGUUGAGUUUGUUGCAAAUUAUUUUACAGUGCUUGAGUAUUGUCUGUUAUUGCAUAUUAUAAU